GUUUGCAGCCUUUGGGACGUCUGCUGGUGUGACAACAGCACUCUUCAUGAUAAUCACAGUUGUGGAUAAUAGAAGGAGAGUAGUUGUUCUAGUUAAUAUGUAAACGGACGACAGAGUAAGGGCCUGAAGAAGCGCGAGGAAGUGAAUGGAGGCUGCGCCUUCAGAUGCUGUGCGGCGAGGUGGCGAGGAAGCGCCAAAGCUAAAAAGUGCGCUAACCUUUAAGGGCAUUUGCUAACGCGAUCAGGUUGGCGGUGCUGGGGAUUUGGCGGCGCUGGGAGUUUGGCGCUUGGCACAGCGCAACCACCAAUCAAUGGUUGCCCCGCCGAGUCAAUCGAAGCCCGGACCACCACACAACAUCGACUCGAGAUCGAGCCAUCCUGUCCCUCUCCACUUCUCCCCACCCUCAAUGCACCCCAUCUCAGUCGCCGCCUGGAUCCGCGAACUUGAACCUCGCGCCCGCGCCCGCACUCGACCAUAUCCCUCUCCCUUGCGCACUUGCAAGCGACGGCAGCCCGACAGUCGCAAGAGCCCGCGCCCGCCAAAGAAGAUACGCCGUGUUGUGCUGGGCGAGAUGGCGGCGGACGACCAGAACAUGUUCAUGCCUUCCCGCAAGAGCAAUACGUCGCGCCCGAAAAAGAGCAUUGACAAGAAGCGCAUGCGCACGCCCUCGCCGUCGAAAAAUCAGCGCCAAUUUCCCGACGACGCGUAUUCGCCCGACGAUAUCGACGAUGCGACGCCUCGCCCGGACCGCUUCGCACGCAGCGCAUAUCCCAUUCCUGAUCUCUCAUACAAAGAGGCUCUUUCCAACGAGCCCAUCGAAGACGACGACGACGACGACGACCUCCAGGCCCGUUCGCCUACACGAUCGCACUCGCACACACAGUCGCAAUCUUCCAACCGCUCGGCCAGCCCCAAGAAGAUUACUUCUCUAUGGAACGUUGGAAAUGGGGUCAUAUACACGCACUUGGCGAACAGGACCGCUUCGAAACGGGAGCAGCUCGGUGGAAACGGGCUUGCGCUCUUGGAGAAGCUGGAGGAUGUGGGCGACGGGCCUGUAGUGCCUGCGAAACUCAAACAACGGCUGGCGGAGGCGGACAUGGGCAAGGUGAAGCAACACCAGUUCGACACAUCAGAUGAAAGGCCAGUGGACGAGCUGCUGUGGGAGCUGCGGACCAUACAGGACAUCAUUUCGCUGUCGCACCGGUGUUCGGUGAACCGUGACCAUGAGACCGAGUGGAACAAUCGCGUGCACACCAAGGUGCUGGAGCUGGCGUUGGGAAACGAUGAGACGAGUGUUAGGUUCCGAAGCGUAACUGCAGCCAGAAUCACACCAGAAUAUCGCCCUACGCAUUCGAACAACCUCACAACUGGCAAGAUCGUCGAUUACGCCAUUCAUCUCGAGCCCUCUGGUCCCGCACGCGACAUUAUAUCAUCCCUCAUUGGCAUGUCGACCGAUUCUAUUAACCACGUCGGCUACGAGGGUCUACGCGCUCGACCUAUUGCUAUAUCGAUCGAAACCAAGACCGAGAGUCGGACUGUGGAGGAGGCGAAGGUACAACUAGGCGUGUGGGUGGCGGCGCAGGUGGCACGGAUCGAGGCACUCGUGGGGCAGCUUGCUCCGCUUAAGGUGAAGAAGCCGGCAGCAGAGGCACAACGUAGCCGACUAGAAUUGGAGAUGGUCACACGAGGUCGACGGAAAAGCCGCGGGAGAGGUGGUAGGAUGUCGCGAGCGGAGCAGCUACAGACGCAAGAACUGACACCGUCUCCCACCGUCGUGAUGGUCCCGGAUCUCUCUGAUAUCCUCUCACAGACUGUAUUUCCGCUCAUCGACAUCCAAUCCGAAGCGUGGUCGCUCUUCUUCGCCCGGGUCACGCCGUCAAACGCCCCCCACCUAUCGAAUUCGGACAUUCGCAAGCCGGUGUCGAAUAUUCAAAUCUUCCAUUCGGUUCCCUUGGGAAACACGGCGAAUACAGUGCAGACAUAUCGGCUGGUCAAGAGCUUAAAGGUGCUGAGGGAUUGGGUCGAUGGGGACUUCCGCAAGUGGUGGGAUGGGUUUUUGGGGGUUCGCGACGCUGAAGCGGACGGUGGGUGAGGCUGCAUUGGUAGUACUUUGUA